GUCCUGUUCAACAAUUCGCAUAUCUUUGUCGGAAUUCGAAUCAAACCGAAAUAGGGAAGAGCGAGAGCGACCGUAGCAACGGUAGGCAACGCCAUUGAAUUGUAUGAUAAUCGAGAUUCACAAGCCACAUCCUUAGCAAACGUGGAAGGGGACAGUAUCGGUACUAACUGCCGACGUUGAACCGGAACAAAAGUACUUCGUACGAAUAGAAACAGUAUCUUAGGGUUGCAAUAGAAACAGUAUCUUAGUGUUGCAAAAGCCAGCCACUAGCGAAUCAUUUGAUCAAGCUUAGUUGACUCCAACACCAGAAGCAUGACAAACACAGCGGGAUCCUCUUCACGGUCUAUUAUCACGGUAGGUAUGCUGAUCUCCCUCCUACCGACGAAGGCCCUGCUUCUGGGAGGGAACCACCCUUCGGGGGGAGCAGCAGCCACCCCCACCACAAGGGAUGGGGUUUGUGCUUCGCUCCUCGGAACGGCCCCUCGCACAUGUUCCACCACCAGCCUUUGUAUGAGCAGCUACGACGGUGGAUGGGACAACGACAAUUUCCUGGAUUCCCUGGGUGGCGGUGGCAACAACGCCGGCGAACCCAGCGAGGCCAUCGAGCAAGCCAACGACGAGUACUUUCGCCAAUCGAGGUACGGCCGGCCGGCGGUGAACGAUGGAAACGCACAGCAGGGGUGGGUUCCACAGCGGCAGCAGCAACAACAACAGCAGCAGCAACAGCAACAGCAACAGCAAUCGUGGGCAACCAGCAGCAGCAGCAGCAAUCUGUCCGCCAUGACGGAGGCUGCCGCGGAGAUCUACGAGUAUUCCUACAACAAGGACGCCCCCACGAGCGAUGCCAUCGGAGGCCCCAGCCCCCCGGCGCCGGCGACGCCCGCCGGCGAGACGGAGGGUUCGAUCCAGUUGGCCCCCGGACUGGUAGACAAGGUCAAGGCCUUUCACCUGGACGAGAAAGAGGAAGCCUCCCAGGGCGGGUCGCGGUUCCGGACGCUCGUGGAGAGAGCAGAGGAACAGCAGCGGACCGCUCCGCGGGCAACCCACAACCCGCUCCUCUCCGCCUACGACCCGAACGCGUAUGCGCAGCAGCAGCAACAACAACAGCAAGGCGGUGGCGCCACGCCCCCCUCGAGCAUCAUGACGCCGGAGGAAAUCGCGAGCCUCUCGAUCGACGAGCAGGCCCGGCUGUACCGGGAAUUCUUCUACGUCCAGCAGCAAAAGCAGGCUGCGACCAAGGGCCGGGGCAAGUCGAUCGGUUCCACCGCCAACAACUACCUGGAGCCCGGGAUCGGCUUUGACGGUCGCAAGAUAGGUCGCAACAAGGACGCCGAGGCCGUGAGCAACGCCGGGGACGUCUACCUCGCCCGGCUCAAGAGGGACUCGACCACCCGCAACCUGGCCCGGUACCGCGGCGACGAAGCCACGGCCAACGAGGUCUUUCACGACCCGUCCAUCGCGGAGAUCGAGGCCCCGGUCAACCCCUACCUGGAGGACCAGCGCAAGCGGAUGAUGGACGUCGUCGAGACGGUUCCGGAGGAGAUGCUGCUUUUUCGGGAGUUCGAGAGCGAGGAGGAGCGGGCCGCGGCGGAGGCGGCUGCUUCGGCCGGCCGGGACCGGUCCUAUUCGGGGAUAUCCUACAAGGAGCGAAUGGCCAGGGUCCGGGAGGAGCGGAGGAAGAACAACAGCAACAACAAGGCGGACCAGCCGCCGCCGGAGGGGAACAACCCCGGAAACCCCUACUCGUACUGAUCGGGCCAUCAAGCCCUGGACCGACUCGUGCACGAUCGAGCCAACGCUUUCCACACCCGAAUCCUAGCCUAGUGGAACAUGAGAACCAGCUAUGUAUGUAGUAUUGCAACCAAUAGACGUCGUUAACAGCA